AUGAGCAAGCGAUCUCGGGUAUGUUUGACCCUUGCUCAUAUCGUCAAAGCUAAUAGCACCCAGAAAUUCGUCAACUACGCUGAGCCUGACAUCUCUGAUGAGGAGCUCGAGGCAGGCGAUGACGUAGAGGUGAAGCAACCCCAACGGAAGCGACGUAAAGUCGCCCCGGCUCUACCCGCUUCCACAUCCGCUGCUACGAACUCGGUAGCCGUAGCUACGAAGAAGCAGAAGGCGACCAAGGCGGCCAAGGGCAAGGCGGCUAAAGGGAAGAAGAAAGACGAGACUUCCCUCGACUUCCUGCAACUGCCUGGGGAAAUCCGCAACAUGAUCUACGAGUACGCGUUCACCUCGGACCAGGACAUGCACAUCAUCACCCCUUGGGAUCCCACAACCCGUGAAAGAGAUCCUGACGGCGUGCCCUUUCGACACCGGACGAAGGCCGUCCUGAAGAGCAAGAAGAAGAAAAAUGACAUACCCUACAAUCUCCUCCGCACGUGCAAACAGGUCUGCCAGGAAGCCACGCCGUUCCUGUACACCCAUAACCUCUUCCAGUUCUCACAGGCGUCACUUCACGCCUUCAUAGUCCAUUUCCCGGAAGCGAUUCCUCACCUUCGCAACAUAGAGGUCUCGAUAGCCCUCGAUGUACAGGGAGGCAAAGCUUCCGACUGCUGUCGAUUCAACCUCGAUCAUCUGGCAAAUGUGCCGCUCGAGAGUCUCGUGGCCACUCGUAUCGAUUCUUCCGCAUGGACCGUCGAAGAAGCCACUAUAGACUUCUAUCGUGUGGCACGCAACUGGAUCAAGGAGGUUGGUCGCCGCCACAGUGACGAGUUUGCGGCCUUGGAUAUUCUCCGGGUUCAAUGGGUGAUUUUACCUCCGAAUAGAGUCGUACACCAUGCGCGGACGGCGCGAUUCUUCGAGGUGCUUAGAGAUCUUAUGGGGCCCGAGCAGGAAGAUGACAAGAACGAUGACAAGAACGAUGACAAGAACGAUGAUAAGGACGAUGACAAGAACGAUGAUAAGAGUGAUAAUUAG